GCCACCGGAGUGGCCGGGGGAGGUGCCGGGAAGGCCGCAGGCCCUGUUCCGCCUCCAAUCCGGUGGGAGCUGGGCGGUUCUGUUUGCUCGGCCCCGACUUCUGUCUCCAGGGGUACAGCGGAAACAAAACUAAAACCACCACCCUGCAGGGCAGCCUGUGGGCCGGUACCGCCCCGCCUCCGCCCUGCUCCAAACGCCGGACCGGGCUGCGGUAGAGACGUCCCUGACGUGUCUGGAACUUGUAAAAAUGCACCUAGUUAAGAAUGAACACAAGAGAAGUGCUGUGGUAGACACAGGCUUCAUGCCAUGUUGGUUUCCAGUUUAAAAACCAAUAGACUGGCAAUUUUAAAGGAACAGCAACAAAGUGAUGACCAGGUGCCAAGUGCCAGCUUUCCUUAUUCAUCAGAUUCAAGAAGAAUUGGAUAAAGAAGAAGAAGAGAUGAUGGUUUUCCUGUGCCGAGAUCUUGCUCCUGAUUUGGCCACUGCUGAUCUUAAAGAAAUCUUGGUGGCUUUGAAUGAGAGAGAAAAACUGACUCCUGUUGGCUUGUCUGAGCUGUUGUACAGAGUUAAGAGGUUUGACUUGCUGAGGAGGAUCCUGAACACUGAGAAAGCAUCAGUGGAAGCUCACCUUGCCAGGAGUCUCAGACUUAUCCCUGAUUACAGGGUACUAAUGGUAGAGAUAAAUGAAAAUCUGGAAAAAGAUGAAGUGGGUUCUCUUGGUUUUCUACUCAGAGAUUAUGCACCUCGUAUGAAAAUGGCAAAAGAUAAGAGUUUUCUAGCUCUUAUCAUUGACCUGGAAAAGCUAAAUUUGGUGGCUCCCAAUCAACUGGAUUUGAUAGAAAACUGUUUUCGAAGUAUUCACAGGAUAGACUUGAUUAGGAAGAUUCAGAAGUACAAGCAUGAAGCUUCAGUGUCCUCCGUUCAUUCUCAGCCUGUAUAUGUAAAUGCUCAUCAGGCCUCUCUCCCUAAUCUCAAUCUGAUUGAUCCUCCUUAUCAUUCAGGGAUUCAGAAUGAGAACGCAGAAAGAUUACAAAAUGGAUCAAGUCUUACUCUGGCAGAACCAGUUCACAUGUCCAUUCAGGAGUCGGGAUCAGUGCCACAUAAGAUGUCUGAUGAUUCUUACAGAAUGCAAAGUCAGCCUUUAGGAAUUUGCCUGAUAAUAGAUUGUAUUGGCAAUGACACUGAUGUGUUGGAAGAGACCUUCAGAGGCUUAGGCUAUGACGUUCAUUGUCACAGAUAUUUAAAUAUGAACUCCAUGAAUCAAACAUUGCUUGAAGUUGCAAGGUGGCAGAAGCACAGAAAUUGUGACAGCUUCGUUUGCGUAUUGGUCAGCCGUGGAAACUCUCAGAGCAUCUUCUGUACAGACCCCACCUUUUCUGGAUUCCCUUUGGAACAAAUAAAGAAAUACUUUACAGCAGACUCAUGUCCUGGACUCCUAGGAAAACCGAAGCUUUUUUUUAUUCAGAGCUAUGUUGUGCCAGAAAAUGAGCAAGAAUGUACCAGUCUGUUGGAAGUUGAUGGGAAGGGUGAGAAUAUCAGUGCUAAAGUCUCUAUCCCCCAUGCAGCAGACAUCUUUUGGAGUCAUUGCAAGGUAGAUGUGUCUACAUUAGAACAAUCCCCAGCUUCAUCCUCCUAUUAUCUGCAUUGUCUGGCUGAACUACUCCGUAAUCCAUAUAAAAGGAAACUCUGUCUAUUGGCUAUCCAUAUGGAACUGAACAAAAAAGUUUAUGAUUGGAAUACGACCACUGACCCAAGCCAACAAUACUCACUGCUACUCCAGCACACACUGAGGAAGAAACUUUUUUUUCUCACUUAACUUCUGUUAGAAAGUACAUAUCUGAAACAGUUAACAAUGGAAACAUUUGCUGUGAUGCAAACAGUUUAAUGCAUACUUUUACUUUAUGCAUUGUUAUUUCAUGUAUAUCUAAAGUGCCUGUUGCUUCCAAACGCAGGAAUUUUACAAGCAUUUUAGUGUGCUAGGACACUAGAUUUUAUAUUUUAAUAUAGUAGUCUCUGACUCCAUUCUCAUUGGAUGAGAAUGGUAGCUGUUGUAUAGCAGUGCAGUAUAUCUUGCUAUUGAGUACAACAGGUAAACAGAGUGGAAAGGUAUAUAAACUGUAUAGCUGAUGGGUGUUCCAAGAAAAAACAGAAGUGCUUUUAUUAUUUUGGUGGUGGUUUUUAACAUACCUCAUAGCAUUUAAAAAAAUACAAGCCAGCCCAAACCACUGAAACACACUGAAUUACUUUCCCCCUACACCUAAUAGUGGCAUAUGUCUCAGAAAAGCAUUCAUACCCAGUAAUACCAGAUCUUUGCUAACAUGUUCUGACUUGCAUGCCUCUCUAGAUUGGCAAAACAGAAGGGAGAGAGAUAUGAUCUUCUCAAUAAUCUGGAUUCCAUCUGAUUGCUCCAUUAAAGAUUGCAUCAUUAGCACUGUCCACAGCACACAGGGAUUCUAUAUUAAUAAAUGAGACAAUCUGCUGUGCUUUGGGCCAAGUGUUUUCUGCUGAUGCAAAAAUUAGUCUACAUGUGACAGGACAUUACAGUAAUCUGCCAUACAGUUAAAAAUAUGUGAGAUUUUGGCAGAUGUCUUGUGGAAGCUGAAACAUGAAUCACACUUCUUGUACCAGGCAUAGUUGUAAAAAGAUAUUUUAAAGUGUUUGAAUGUAAAUGUAAUACGUAGCAGCCACGAGCCUUUAAGACUGAAACACCCCACCCUCACUCCUUUUGUUUAUGAAAAAGAAUAUGCCUAUAUUAAUUUUUUUCCCAAGUGCUCUUGUGAAAAAAGAAAAGGGAAAAUUCUCCUAAACACAAAAUUUUUUCUCCAAUAUAGCAGUUGCCUAGCAUGAAAAGUGCAGCUUACCUACUUGUAUAACAAUAUAACCUGGAUGGCUUGCAUUGAAGUUUAUUGUCACCAAACUUAGUGACAAUAAAGUAGGCCACUUGUAAAUGUUUUAUUUUUACUCCUAAUAUAGUCUCCUAUAAAAAUCAAAAAAAUCAAAGCCCUGGUGUGCCUUGCUUGGUUUCUGGUUAAGUUUUUAAUGGAAAAAGAGGAGGAUACAAAAUGACAGAUACGGAAUCUUAGAAGUUGCUUCUGGUGUCUGGAAAAUGAACUAAAUGGUGAAACAAAUGUUUACUGUGGUUGCAGAAGUAAGAUAUCAUUUCAAGUUACAUAUAUCUAAGUAAUGUAAAUUUAUGUGAUCUUCACAGAUUAACUUCACUUUCCCAUUUCCCUUACUAGCUUUUGCAUUUGACAAGCACUUCUGCUACCCUAUAGACAACCAAAAGCAGGGAGAAUGGAACCAAGAGGAGGCAGAUGAGGAAAAGAAAUGUGGAAAUUUUAAGCAGGAACAAGAAGGGCAAUGGUAGGGAGCAUCAAGAGAAGAACAAGUAGGAGAGAGACAAUUUGGAGGAGAAAUACCAAUAUUGGAAGGAGAAGAAAACAGGAAAAAGGAAGUGAGGAUUAUAGUGGCUAUCCUUACAGACUCUAAUGAUGUGGUGAGUUGGUUGAUGUUUUGUGGAUUGGUUGGUUGGGGGAUUUUGAGUGAUGCUAAAUGCAACUAUUUACUUAAAAUAUUAGCAGUAGAAUAUAUUCUGCUUUUGCAGUUUUGUGACAAGUUUGGUUUGAGGGUUAAGGAGUAUAUACGUUCUUUGCCUUACUGCAAGACACAGUAAGUAAAGUCCGUGUUCCUUUCAUUAAGAAAUGAUGCAGAAAUGCUGUUUUGAAAACCAGAGGCUCAUGUAAUUAACCCUCUAAGUGGAAAAGGAAAGGACUCUUGUUGUGUAUGGCUGCUUGUUGGAAGUGGUUAUAACCCUCUAGAAUGUUGGGGCAGACAUAUUGUGCAGCAUUCAUAGGUGUCAGUGAUUUUUCACUCUGAUCCUCAGUAGAUUCUUAAACCAUAGCUAUACACAAUCUAUAAUCAUACAUCUAAGCAGUAUUUAUUGCCUUGACACCUCUUUCAAGAGUGGUAUUCGGGUAGGCUGAUUCCCUGUAUCAGCUGCUUCAGGAGUAUUUAUCCAGGACUUUUUUGAUGGCAGUUGUCACUUUUCCCAUAGCUUACAGAAUCAUAGACUCACAGAAUAUGCUGAGUUAGAAGGGAUCCAUCAGGAUCAUCAAAUCCAACUCCUGGCCCUGCCCAGGACACCCCAAGAGUCCCACUGUGUGCCUGAGAGUGUUUUCCAAAAGCUUCUUGAGCUCUGUCAGGCUUGGUGCUGUGACCAGUUCCCUGGGGAGCCUGUUCCAGUGCCCAGCCACCCUCUGGGUGAAGAACCUCUUCCUAAAAUCUAACCUGACCCUCCCCUGACAGUUUCAUUCCUCGAGUCUUGGAGGUCACCAAAGAUAAGAAGUUGAUACCUGUGCCACUCUGCUUCCCCUCGUGAGGAUGCUGAAGAUUGAAAUGAGGUCUCCCCUCAGUCUUCUCUUCUCCAGGACGAACAAACCAAGUGACCUCAGCCCCUCCUCAAGGUGUCCCCUCCAAAACCCUUACCAGGUUUCUUGUCCCUCCAUACACACCGUGGGGACUGUCUCUUCUUGCUGUAGCACACUCAUAAAAUUUGAGUCUAGAAAUUGAUGCAGGGUAUGGACUGCAUCAAAUUGUCCCUGUAUUGCAGACAGUGAAGUGAUUUAAGGUUAAAUGAUCCUUUAGCCAAAAGAAAAGCAGGAAGAGAAUUUUGGACCCAUCAUGAGUUUAGGGUGUUAGCACAGGAACAUAGAGAGUGUCAUUCUGGUGAAAUUUCAUGGUCUUGGACUGCCAAAAUGUCUAGUUUUCAGAACCUACUAUUGAAGGAGAUAAAACAAGUUACACUGCUUCUGCAUUGUCAGAGCUUGAAAUAAAGCUGUCAGAGUCACUGCUCUGGCACUUUAAAUUACAGUUUUGGUUUCUGAUAACUGGGAAAAAAAAUUCUUGUAGUUCUGUAUGUGUUCUAUAUAUGGGAGAGGGAAAAAAGAAUUGGCAGAAUAUGGGAGAUGCUUUUAAGUGGCUGGGAAGGUGUACUCGUGAGGCAAGAUAUUCUGUGUCAUUUCAUACCAGACUUACGUUGCAUGGUUUUUCUCAGCCACCUAUGCUGAUGUGGCUGAGCCAUAAAUUGAGUUUACUUUGCACUGUUACAUAUUUGUGUAUUACAGUGGUUGCUAACUCAUUAUCCAAAAAAGAAGUUAUGUUCAAGGGGAAGUUACUGUGCUAGCACUUGUAGAUGGAGCAUGUUGUAUGGCUGAUCGUCCCUUUCAGCUCUGCAUAAGGAGGAACAGGGUCCUGCUACAGAUACAUGAGUCAGAGAAGCUUUUUAUGGGAGUUUCUGAGAAUUCUUUUCUGCUCUCCAGAGUUCUAAGUUUCUGACAUGCAGAAUGGUAUUGCUGAGCAGAGGCUGCCAUCCAUGUGGAUGAUUUACGUUCCAUUUAAAUUAAAUCUCCUGUACUGAAUUACUUGACAACUUUUCUGUGGCUGGUUUAAAGAAUGUCUCUAUUUCAGCUUCUGUAUUAGAAACAACAAGACACUUUAAUUAGAUACAAAUGCUGGGUUUCAAGCUGAUAUUCUGAAUAAAAUUUCUGUAUUGAU